UCUCUUUCCUUCACCUCCCAAUCACUUCCCAUAUAAGAAAACAUUCUAGCCUUCCAUAUAUUCUCACAUCUUAAACAUUUAAAAAAAAAAUAAAAAUAAAAUGGAGGAGCUUCUUCAUGAAAACCUACGUAAGAAAUUGAUCAAUGGUCUAGUUCGAGGAAAAAAAUUUGCAACCCAACUUCAAACUUUACUUCAAAAACCUCAUACUGAACAUCAUGGGUCAGUUUUAGCUGAUGAACUUGUUCUGAAAAUAUGGAGAUCUUUCACUCAGGCUAUUACUGAGUUAAAUACUUUGGGUAAUUCCAACAAGAGUUUAGUCCAGAUCGAGGAAGUUGAUCAACCGGAUUCCGGUGACCGGAAAUCUAAAGAAUGUUGUAGUAAUUCUGAAUUGAAGAAGAAGGAGAAGCAAGGGGGCAAGGACAAGAGAGGCUGCUACAAGAGAAGGAAAACCUCAGGUUCAUGGAUGAGAGAAUCUGCAACAAUGGAUGAUGGUUGUGCAUGGAGGAAAUACGGGCAGAAGAAUAUACUCAAUUCAAAAUAUCCAAGGUGCUACUUUAGGUGCUCCCACAAGUACGAUCAAGAUUGCCGGGCCACAAAACAUGUUCAAAUCGUCCAAGAAAAUCCAAAAAUGUACCACACCACAUACUUUGGCAAUCACACUUGCAAUUCAGAAAAGAUUCCAAAGCAUAAGAUGAUAACUAAUAAUUCACAAUUCAAUCAUCCCAUAUUGGAAUCUCCACCUUUUGAAGUAAAACCAAAAAUACCUAGCAGUGACAUUCAUGAUUCAACAGUGAAAGAAGAAGACGAAGAAGAAUCCAAGGGACAAAGUGAUGAUGUAUCUUCAUCAACUAUGGAUUCUAACUUAUGGCAGGAUUUUAUGCCUUCUUCAUUGGCUGAUCAUAGUUCUUCUUAUUUUGAACGUGUGAUUUCUAGUGAUAUGGAAGAUUUUGGUACAUUUGGUGACUUUCAUGACUUUGAGGCAAUAGAGUUCUUUUGAUAUUGUCAAUAAUCCUUAUGGAUAAUGUCGUAAAAUAAGAGACCUUUCACUGUCUUGUAUUACUUCUAAAUGAAAAUGUUCAUACAGUAGCUUCUCCCUAA